AUGGACCCUAAUUUGACAUCAGAGCAAAUCAGGCAAAUGUUUAUCGACUUUUUCGUCGAGAAAUACAAUCACUUGUUUGUACCGUCUUCAUCGACGGUGCCACAUGAUGAUCCAACGUUGUUAUUUGCUAAUGCUGGAAUGAAUCAAUUUAAACCUAUCUACCUUGGAACUGUUGAUCCUAAAAGCGAAAUGGCAACAUAUCGAAGAGUGGUUAAUAGUCAAAAAUGUAUUCGAGCUGGCGGUAAACACAAUGACUUAGAUGAUGUUGGCAAAGAUACAUAUCAUCAUACAUUCUUUGAAAUGCUCGGUAAUUGGUCGUUUGGUGACUUUUUUAAGAAAGAAAGUAUUGAUUGGGCUUGGGAACUUCUCGUCGAUGUUUACAAGAUGCCUGCCGAACGGAUGUAUGUAACCUAUUUUGGUGGGGAUGAAAAAUCCGGAUUACAACCUGAUUAUGAAACGAAAAAUAUUUGGUUAGCUAAAGGUAUUGCACCAGAGCGUGUGCUACCUUUCGGAUUACAGGAUAACUUUUGGGAGAUGGGUGACACUGGCCCGUGUGGACCUUGUACGGAAAUACAUUACGAUAGGAUAGGUGGUCGAGAUGCCGCUUACCUUGUUAAUAUGGAUGAUCCUGAAGUGCUAGAAGUGUGGAAUUUAGUAUUCACUCAAUUUAAUAGGGAAGCCGAUAAAUCCUUGCGUCCAUUGCCUAGAAAGUAUGUAGAUACUGGCGCUGGUUUAGAACGUGUGACUUCAGUCAUUCAAGGGGUCAUGUCAAACUACGAUACAGAUUUAUUUAAACCAUUGUUUGACAAAAUACGUUCUCUAACCGGUGCAAGAGAAUAUCGAGGCCUUCUUGGUGAUGCAGAUGUAGAUGGAAUAGAUAUGGCGUAUAGGGUACUCGCAGACCAUGCUAGAACCCUAACAAUUGCUAUCUCAGAUGGUGGCAAACCAGAUUCCACUGGUCGCGGAUAUGUCCUACGUCGAAUCUUGCGAAGAGCUGUUAGAUAUGCUACGGAAAAAUUGGAUGCGAAACCAGGAAUGUUUGCACAACUAGUCAAUGUUGCUGUCGAAAAGCUUGGUGGUGCGUUUCCUGAAGUCACUAAAGAUCCACAAAUGGUUAUAGAUAUUAUCAAUGAGGAAGAAGCCCAAUUCUUGAAAACGUUAUCACGUGGGCGUCGUAUGUUUGAGAGAGAAGUAUUAAAAGCUAAAGAUGGCGUAUUACCAGGUUUUGUUGCUUGGCGAUUGUACGAUACUUAUGGUUUCCCUGUUGAUCUCACUCAUAUCAUGGCUGAAGAGAAAGGCCUAUCAAUAGACAUGGAUGGGUACGAAAAAGCGAAGCAAGAUUCACAGGAAUUAUCUCGAGGAAAAGAUACUGGCGUUGAUGAUACCGUUGCUUUGGGUAUUCAUGCAAUCAAAGAUCUCGAAGACUUGGCAAUUCCAUUAACGGAUACUUCUCCUAAAUAUAAUUACGAAUCCGAUGGGAAUGGUGGUUAUACCAUUCAUGGUAUAGCCGCUAAAAUUUCUGCUUUGAGAUAUGAAAAGUCAUUUGUUAAUGAAGUCUUAACUGGCAGCCGUUGCGGAAUUAUAUUGGAUAAAUCUUGCUUUUAUGCAGAACAAGGUGGUCAGAUCUAUGACUUGGGUUUCAUUGUAAAUUCGGAUGAUGAGGAUACUGAGUUUAAAGUUACCGAUGUGCAAAUUAUGGGAGGUUAUGUUCUUCAUGUCGGUAUAACUGAAGGCACCUUCAAAGUUGGAGAUACAGUACAAUUGCAAGUCGAUUCGGAGAGACGUAGGACAGUAAUGAAUAAUCAUACAGCAACACAUAUUUUAAACUUUGCUCUGCGAGAGCAGCUGGGUGAGGCCGAUCAACGUGGUUCUCUUGUGGCUCCUGACAGGUUAAGAUUUGAUUUCACUGCAAAGGGAGCAAUGACAACGCAGCAAAUUAAGGCAACGGAAGAGAUCGUCGGAAACAUUAUUGAGCAAAAACAGCAAGUCUUUGCAAAAGAUGCAACACUAGCUAAAGCAAGCGCUAUCCAAGGUUUAAGACAAGUUUUUGCGGAGACAUACCCAGAUCCGGUACGUAUAGUUUCUGUCGGAGUUUCUGUUGAUGAUCUACUAGAGGAUCCUACUGGCCCUUCAGGCUUAAAGACUUCUGUAGAAUUUUGCGGUGGAACUCAUUUAAAAAAUAGCGGCGAUAUGGAAGCUUUCGUUAUUUCUUCUGAAGAACCGAUAGCAAAGGGCAUUAGAAGAAUAAUCGCGUUAACUGGUAGUGAUGCCAAAAAGAAAGUAACGAAAUUACAGGAGAGUUUAUCUGAGUUAAUGAAGCUAGGUCGUGCAGAUCAGACCAGUCUAAAAGCUAAGAAGCGCCAAAUAACUGAAUUAAAUGACUCUAUAGCAGCUGUAACUUUGCAGCAGUGGAGGAAAGAUGAGCUGAGAGAAACUUUGAAAAAAGUUAAAAAGACAAUUAUCGAUAUUGAAAAAGCCGCUGACUCGAAGCGCUCGCAAGAGGUUGUAGAAAAGGCUAAAGAAAUAGCAUCUCAGUCAAAAGAUCUAUCCGCAGUAGUGGAAGUUUUGGAAGCUGGAUUAUCAUCUAAGGUUUUGGAUAGCGCAUUGAAACAAUUUCAUUCUAUUGCUCCCAAUACCGCUGCAAUGUUAUUUUCGGUUGACAGCGAGGGCCGUAGAGUUACUUGUUUAUGCCAAGUUCCAGAGGCUAUAAUGAAGAAAGGUUUAAGUGCCUCUGAUUGGGUCAAGUCAGUUAUGAAUGUGUUGGAAGGUAAAGGCGGAGGAAAACCGACAUCAGCUCAGGGCUCUGGUACAAAUGUUGCUGGCCUAAAUAACGCUCUAAACUUGGCUAAAGAAUUUGCUAAGAUGAAACUUGACUCAUGA